AAGUGGGAGUGGAUGGAUAGAUGUCGGCAGCCGCGGUGGUUCUCGCGAAUCGCGCUCGGUAUUUGUGGAAGCCCGUGCCGCCGCCGCGACGCGAUAAUGCCGCGCGUUUCUUAGCGAUAUGUAGUGCUGUGUGCGGUAGCAGCAGUGGCGUCGACCGACUCGUCGCACGUGUUUCGCGGUGCGUGGAAAAUCACCGAAAUACGUUCGCGCAUGCCCGACCGCCGAUGACGUCACGAAAAUUGUGCUUUUGAUCAAGCGACCGCUGCUCGGCGUGUGUCUUUUUUUCCUCUCCCUACCUCACCCUCCGCCCCCUCUCGCCCAGUCUCUCCCCGUCUCUCCCCGUCUCACCCUCUUGCGUUUUCCUACGCCGCUCGUCUCGCGCUCCUCUCCCUCCGGCUCUCUCUCUCUCUCUCCUCCUCCUCCUCCUCUUCCCCCCUUCCCCUUUUCCCCUCUCUUUCUUUUUUUUUCCUACUGGACGCACAAUAAUGUUGCUGUGCAAAAUCAAAUAAUCGCCGGGGCACGCGCACGCGACGGGGGAGACCGUGUGGGAGCGGCCGAACCGCCGACGGAAAACCUGUUCUUAAUAUUCCAUCCAGUGAUUUCGAAGACUUGCCUCUUAUUCAAGACGUGGUGCAACAAUGGGUCGAAAGAAGAUUCAGAUUUCGCGUAUCACGGACGAACGGAAUCGUCAGGUGACCUUUAACAAGCGGAAAUUCGGCGUGAUGAAGAAGGCGUACGAGCUGUCGGUGCUGUGCGACUGCGAGAUCGCGCUGAUUAUCUUCAGUUCGAGCAACAAGCUGUACCAGUAUGCGAGCACCGACAUGGACAAGGUUCUCCUCAAGUACACCGAGUACAACGAACCCCACGAGUCCCUCACCAACAAGAAUAUUAUCGAGGCGCUCAACAAGAAGGAGCAUAAGGGUGCCAUGUCUCCAGAGAGCCCGGAACCCGACGCAAUCGAAUACAAUCUUACCCCGCGCACCGAGGCCAAAUACACGAAGAUCGACGAGGAAUUUCAGAUGAUGAUGCAGAGGCAUCAGCACAAUGGCAGCAGGACAAUGGGACAAUCGAAUUAUACGCUACCGGUAUCUGUACCAGUGAACAGUUACGGCGAAUCUCUUCUUGGAUCUAGUCCACAGAUGGCACAUACCAGCAUUUCUCCACGUCCAUCAUCGUCUGAGACGGAUUCAGUAUAUCCCCCGGGAGGAAUGUUGGAGAUGAGCAAUGGUUAUCCUCCGUCAGCGUCACCAUUGGGCGGUUCACCUAGUCCAGGACCUUCGCCCGCACUCGGGGUUGGUGGGGGUAGUGCAAAUAAAGGCAGCAAUCCGUCUAGGCAUUCGCCGCAACCUCCGCCUCCACCGCCACCGCCUCAUCCUCACAGGGCUAACCUUCGAGUGGUUAUACCAACACCGCUUGCGCAACCUCUCUCCGAAGACACUAAUUAUGAUAAUGCCCAUACGCAGUCUGCGUUGAAUACACCUGUAGUAGCGUUACAAACACCAACAGUACCAGCCGGAUACUCUACUUUUGGACCAACAGAUUACACCUCGGAUCUCGGGGGCCUUACAUGGCCCACUCAUCAGAGGUACGUUGUUGAUGACUUAUAUUCGGCAGCCACCAUGUCCAGCCUCAGUGGUCUUCCUCACCUAGCUGUAUCGAGCAGUACACCACCACCAUCUACGUCGCCGUUACCCGUAAAGAUAAAAAGUGAACCGAUAAGUCCACCCAGAGACCCGCACGGCGGUAACAACGGGUCCAAUGGUGGGCCCGGCAACGCCAGCAAUCUACAUCAUACAAAUUUGAAUGUCGGUCCAUCGUCCAGUACCGGCCCACCGCCGCAUCACGUGUCGCAUCCGGGGCCUCAGACGCUGAACUUGGUAUCGAGCAGACCGAGUAGUAAUCCACCUCCGUCCCAUUCGGGUAGCAUAACACCGACAAAUCUACCGUCGCCGGGAAGUGGUACGGUCGGUGAUAUCAGAACGAACCAUUCUAGCGGUGGCGGGAACGGAGGGAACAGUUCAGACUAUGAGAGCGGACCGCUCAUGAAACGCUCGAGAAUCACGGAAGGGGGUUGGGCGACUUAAUGUCGAUUAAAUUGUUGCACUCAUCAGUUGUUUGAUACCUCCUCAACGUACAACGGCAUAUAGUGCUUGUGAGUUCCAGUAUAAUUAAACAAACUCCUUUUAAACGUCUUUGAGACGCGUACUUCGUACUAUCGCGAUAACGAUGGCUACGGGAAUGGGUACGCUUCCGCCGUAGCUAGCGGAGUGGAAAAAUCUGUUUAUAUUUUGAAGCUGACACAGAAUAUACAUUUAUUUGAAGAAAAAAAAAAAGAAAAUACGGUGCCAUAAUGUUGAAACUUUAUAUAUAUAUAUUAUAUAUAUGAUAGAUACAUAUAUAUAUUUUCAUGUAUAUAAUAUGAAGUGUUGUUUGUAUAUAUGUCAUAAAAUUCGUAAUAACUUUCGCGACACGGCAUUGUGUCCACGAUGCUUGUCGUACGAAAAUUUAUGCGAAGGGAAACAGUAUGUUAGGGAAUAACGCAGUACCCAAAUUGUGAAAUUUCUGAAAGUGUAAUACUGAAUCUAAAAGAGCUUGUGAGGAAAUCUACACGUAGUGUAAGAUUUAUAAAGAAUAAACCAGAAACCAGAAACUUAUUACCAGAACUUUUGCCAUCGCAAUUCGUUGUUGUUUUGUAUGGUAUAGUAGUCAGAAAUACGCCAUAACCCGUUAAUAUGAUCUCGCGCUGCAAAAAUAUGCUUUGUUUGGAAACAUUGCGCUUCGCAGACAUCGUAUUCCAUUGUAUGUAAACGGCCAUUUAUUUGUGGACAAUUUACCUGUUCGUGGGAAACCGUAAAUGGAAAUUUUCUAUCCUGUCAUAGAAUUUAUAUCGAGAGGAAAUUUCAUAUUUUACUUUGUACAUUAAGAUUUUUAUAUUCUUCAGUUAACCGACUAAUAUUAUCAUUAACGUGAGUUUAUUAACGGUCUAUGGUUUCCGAACGCGUGGAAAUCGGCUGCUGUACUCAAACUUUUCAUGAUAUUCUAUAGAACAAGAUUCGAAAUUAAUAUAUUGAGUUAUGAGGUAAUACAAGAUAGAUAGGCAUAUUAUAUAGUGUUGAUUAAUAAAAAAAAGGAUAUACACACAGCGCGCGUAUAGAUAUAUACAUACAUAUAUAUAUAUAUAUACACGUUAUAUACAUUUUCCACAAGUAUUUUGCACAUUUGUAUAAAGAUUAUGGAGGAAGAAAACUUGGAAACUUUGCAACCCUUGAAGCCUAAAAAUGUGUAACGAGAGAGUUUAUAUACUACAGGUAUAUGCCGUAUACUAAAAAUGUGAUUAAAUAAAAACUUAUGAUAAGGAGGCUUGAGUGAUAUUAAUGUUAAUAACUUUAAUCGUAAAUUUUUAAAGAAACCAAAAUUAUAUUUCUAAAUACACUUCAUUAUAUUUGCCAAUCGUGAUCAAUUUUACGUAUCUAAUCUAUAGUUCAUUUAAUACAAAAACUUCCAGAAGAAUUGACUAUACAUAGAAAACGAAACGGUUCGCUCUUAAGGCGAAACUCUAAGAAAUCUUUCGUCGCAGAGAUCCAUUCUGUGAUAUAUAAGAAGUUACAUAUAGACGAAAUGAUUAUCCUUUUCGAUAUCAGAGACGCGCGACCUUCUCGGCCAACAAUCAUGUAAAAGUAAAUUUAAUAUUUGGCAAAACAGGGUUGCAAUUGUAUAAUGAUGUAGAAUUACCUUCUUCCUAAAAUCAGUACGAUGAAAAUGUGUCAAGAUGGUUUCAAUGUAUGUUUUACAAUCUCAGGAUGUAUCCUGUUGAGAAUCGUUCUCGAGAGUUGUAUUUGAUAAAUUAUUGUAAUUAACGUACUAAUGGAAUACGCAGGUAUAUGAAUGAAUAGUGCCUGGCACCAUUUGUGGCCCUCCUGUUAGGAUGCUUUCCCAAAUCGUAUAUGCAGUACAAUUUGUUAAUAAAGUCUUGAAAAUAAUAAGCUACUAAAGCGCGAUAUAUAUAUAUAUAUACGAGAAACAAUAUAUGAUGUUGUAAGCUUUAUAAUGUGACUUUUUGACAAAUAGCGUGGGAAGGCAACCUUUAUUGUAAUCGAAGGUUGUACGACGAGGUAUGACCCUCGAUAUUCACUUUCUUUAUUAACGCAUAUUAGAAAUGUUUCAUAUGACUGUACGAAUAAUCGGUAUGUGGAAUAUGAAAGCGUAACGCGUAUAGUCAUUAAUCUUAAUCACGAAUUUUUAAGAUGAUCACAAAGUGCAAUCUCUUAGCCAACACACUUUUUUAUCAAACAAAAAAAUAUAAAGAAAUUGUUAUUUUUCAUAACGAAGAAGUAAACUUUAAUGUAUUAAAGGUAUAUAUGUCUCCACUAGUUAUUAAACUUUUUCCUAUUGACACGAAAUUGAUUAUGUUUAAUUGAUAUUUAAUUGUAAUAUAUUCUAUUCAUAUAUUAUGAAAGAUGAUUGUAUACACCUGGUUUGCAGGUAUAAAUGUUUACAAGGAUGUGAAUUUAUAUUUUAAAACUUCGUGUUACGUUUAAAUGCAUUUGACCGGUAUGUUAAAAAGGAACACAAAUAAAAUUGAAGGCAAUCUCUCUCUCAACGUUGUUUUAACGACAAUAUUAUAUUCUCUGUUGUGACUUUUUUGUAACUUCGAAACGUUGAAAGUUAACGCGUUAAAUCGUUAAUUUCUCAUCUUGGCAUUGUUACAUCGGAUAAUAUCGGAAGUAAAAAUUCCCCACAUAUAUUUAUCUCACAUACAGGAUAUAAUUUAAAUUUAAUCUUAACGGAUAUUACGAGCCCAAAACUUGUUGAUUCUUUCUCUGAAAUGCCCUAUUGUGAUAUCGAAUCUAACAUGAUCCCCUCUGCAUAAUAAGUCCAUCUAAAGUCAUUUUGAGUGUUCUGACAUCAACACUUCUAUAACAGUCACAGUGUGAUGUGAAAAGCAUGAGCAGUACUUUAUAUGCAAGGUUUAUAUGUACUAUCUGAUCUAUUUUACCAUAACAUACAGUACGAUAAUGCAUAACAAAACCCAUAAGAGUAGGCAAUUUGUUAAAUGUACGUUAAGUACAUGUACGUACACUUCAAUGUAUAUUUUUAAUAUGAAGUACGUGUAAGUUAUAUCUGUGAGCAAAACUAAGUUGAUGUAAUUAAAGAUGUAUUCGUCUUGAUCGGCACAACUUAUGACGAAAGGUUACAUUGUUGUCAACAACGCAGAAUGGAAUGAAGUUAAUACCUUGCAAUUUUCACUGUUUGACUGCAGAUAUCGAGAGGUAUAUAUAUUUCAAUUUUUAAAUAUCAUUUAAAAUGUAAUACAGAGAAGACGUUAUCAAUUUUGGAAGACUUUCAUAUCCCAGUGACUGAAGCUGUAUUCUACUGCAUAAGCUUUUUCUCUCUUACUUGGGACAAUUUAAGGCGUGGUCCGAUUGCGCAAAAUUACUGCUAAUUUGUGCUGUAUAUAUUACGUUUAAAAUAUAUAUUGCGUUUUAAAAUAUUUGUUUACGUUGCGUUCUAAAUACUCUUUGGUUACUUGCCGUGAAUUACGAUCAUACAGUUGUGCCUCAAGAUUUCAACAGAUAUUCAAUACGUAAAAGUAAUGAUAAUUAUUGUAGUUAAAAACUCAGAGACUAUUGAAAUUGUUGGAACGCUGUGAACGAAAUGGACCAUCGUUAGAAGAGCCAUACGUGUAAGAUAAUUGAGAUCUACGGAUGGUUAGACGUUUUAUAUUGCAUAAACUAAGAUUGUUUGGAAAAGAGGCCAUCAUAGGCUUUAGGCAAUGUUCGCAAAUAAUCGAAUUGCAAUGCACGGCACAAGUACCAGAUCACUGUAACAAUGUAGCAAAAUAAAAUACAAUGUAUAUGUACUAGCCACAACUGUUGUCACCACAAAUAUAAAUAAAUAAAAAUAUAUAUAAAUAUAUAUAUAUAUAUACACAAUUAAGUUUAAAUACAAAUUUAAGUACUGGACAUAUCUGUAAAGCCAAGUAGCAUCACAUUUUUAAACGUCAUAAGAAUAUCGUCAUUUUACUGUUACUAUCUGUAUCUGUGCAUUUUGAAACUGAAAACGGUAUGACCUGUUUGAUACGUACACAAUCACACCAAAAGUUAUGAGAUCCUUCAUAUAUUUUUUAACAUAUAGUUAUCAUAUUAUUGAGUUUCCGCUUAGUUUUGAAAUGCACUCUGUUAACAGAUGAAAUGUAUGACGGGGGACAUACUUUAAACAUUAUUAUGUAGUUAUACACGUAUUUGUAUAAUACAGUUUAAAGGGGAGGUUGUUCAACAAUUCCUCAAAAAUUGCGUAUCGUACUGUUACAGUUAAUUUCGAGGUACAGUUACAUUGUACAAUGUAUAAAUUUUAAAUAGAACAGUAUGUAUACACAGAUACACACGUACACACACACCCACACACACACACACACAUGAAAGAUUUACAUCAUGCAUGCACAGCCGGGUGUAUGCAUAUGUGGAUAUAUAUGUAUAAAAGUUAUUAUAAUAAUGUGUAAUAGUAAUAACACACAAUAUAUUAUAGUCGUGCGUUACGUUAGCUGAUAAUUGCGAGAAUAAAGGAAAGUAAUUCAUAUAGUGCCAUCAUAACUGACUAAUUAAGGGAAUACCGAUUUUACGUUUUAAGUAGUAAUAUCAUAGGAGAAUAUAUUUGAGGAAGGAAAAAAAAUACUUACAAUGUUGAAGACAAAGACUCGGUUUAUGUUUGUAAUAAUAAUUAUAAUGUUUGCCAAGUUUGUUACAUAAGUGCGAAGCCAUUGAGAAAUUUUAUGUGCUAAAUCUUAAAGACAUACUUUAUCCUCUUAUGCACAUUCAAUGCCACACGCAAUAGUACUUGAGUACACGAACCGGAACCACGAACGGUUUGCGCGCUCAUGGAGAUGGCGUAAAGUACGCUAAGGACACGGAAUUACAAAGCUCCUUUGUUUGUACGUUAUACCUUUGGUGCUCGACAUUACCCAGUUAUUGUUAUACGUUAUUAUUACUGAUCUGUAUAUGACCAUGCUACCAUAUUGCCUAUUAUUGGUCAGUAUAAUCAUUGUCAGAGUUAGUGAUAAAUAAUGAUUAUUUGAUAACGCUCUGUGUACAUUACACACACAUACACAUAUACAUACAACAUUUGUAAACACAUACACAUUGUGGUUAUAUUUCAGUGUAUCAGCAUAAUGAUAUGAUUAUUACGAUGUUGCCCAUAGAAUACAUUUUACUUGGUUUUUA